UCUCGCAGCAGCUCCUCGUGUAUUUAUUGCCAUCUAAUUAUGGUCAUGUACUGGUAGAUGGGUGUUUUUAGAUCGGUAUCGCCAACAGCCACGGCGCCGAUAAGGCCACCGCCUAUCACCGCCUAGAAUUGAGAUCUCCAUUCUCCGCACCGUUGCUCUUCAACGUCCAAUUCUAAAACCAUUUGCGCUACGAGACCAUACCUUGACUCCGGUCCAAUUUAAGCUGAAUCAAGCUCCGAAGCCAUCCCAUCUCUUCCUCGACACUACCCAACAAGACCAAUCCUGUCUUCUCUAGCACAACGCUACCGCAAGAAGACAAGAUUUCCCCUCAAUCCACGACACGAACCCUCCUCUGUUCAAUCAAGCUCUCCGCAACUAUCACACGCUCUACAAGUCACCGCGCCCGCAAAUCCACCCAAAAAUGUCCACGACACCACCCACAACGGGCACCCUCCCAAUCCGCACCCAACACUGCCGCUUCUGCAAUCACCUGCUGCUAGCAACAACGCGCGACCUGUCAACUCUCCCGCGACGCUCGUCGCCCGCCGCAGACGCAAGCAUCAUCCUGCCCCUCGAAAAGCUGCGCUCGGACGGCGAGCAGGAGCGCGAAACGAGCACGCACACACCCUCCACCAAACACGUCACACUCCUCCUCUCGACGACGAUACCAGAUCGACGGGCAACGCUGAUUCGACGCGAAGACGGGAUUGAGAAGAGGAUUCUACUGCGGUGUGGACGGUGUAGGGUUGUUGUGGGGUACUAUCUUGACCGGGUUCAUUGGGGGGAAACUGGUAAGAGUCAGGGUGCUAGUCAGACGGGAGAAGGGGAGGGGGAGGAAGGUCGGGGUGGAGAGGCGGAGGAGAGGCCGCCGGCGAUGUAUGUGUUACCUGGUGCUUUGGUGGAGACGGAGAAGAUGGGUGGGGAGGGAGUUGGGGAGAAAGAGUGGAGGGUUUGGGCGGGGGAUGCUUAAGGCAAAUACCUGAAUGGAUAUAAAAGGAUCUACAGAAAGAUAAUGUACGCUGUCUGUACCAGUGCAUCAUCUACCAGCAAAAUCAUGGGACGGUCGGGAUCUAUACGCCCACGACAUUAAUACAUUCCAGAGAGUUGAUAAUUGAUCAAAUACAAGCGUGAAUACAGGAAGCUCCUCGCGCCGAAUAAAGUUGAAGUAGCCGUGCCAGUUGUAUCCCGAUCAGGGGUGCGUUCCUCGCAAUAACAGAAAAAAAAAGAAGAGAAUAACCAUGUCCAUAACGUAAAUUCAUCAAUCACAACGAAGCCACCAAGGCAGAAGAUGGAGAGAAAGAGGAUUUCGAGUUGCAAGCUGCAGGGGUAUCAGUUGGCCAAGAUGGUGCGGACCAGAUCGGUGUAGUUGAUCUCGCCGGAGCUGGUAUCGACGGCCUUGAGGAGCUCAUCAACUUCGUCAUCGGACAUUUUCUCGCCGAGGUUGGUAAGGACUGUAACGGAAAAGAGGGAGUUAGUUCGCGUUCCAUAUACCCCCGGUUGAAGCCGUGAUAAAAGGGUGUGGAUCCGGUCCAAACAUACUGUAGCGCAACUGUCCCACGCCAAUAAACCCCGUCAUAUCCUUAUCAAACACCUGGAAACCACGGCAAUACUCCUCGGGCUCACCGGGAUCCCGGAAACCACCAGGGCGGUUGAGGACCUUCAAAAAGGAAUCGAAAUCG